AUGUCGUUUGGUUCAUUUGAUCAUAUAUGCAACAAGACUUCCCUACCUUUAUGUUCAGUAGUUGGGGCGGUCAACCAAUCAUCCUAUUUCCAGCGUGGUAUUGUACCUCAAUGUUAUGCUCGUAGUGUUGAGUUGGCAAACACAAUGAUUUUCCAAAUUGGUAAUGCAUUUGUCCAUUUUGGUGGACUAAUCAUUAUAUUGAUUAUCAUAUUCAAUAUGAGGGCGAAAUAUACUGCGAUAGGUAGAGCAGAGAUGUUGAAUUUGAUGUAUUUGUUGAUUGGAUUGAUUGUAUCGAGUUUGAUUGUUGAUUGUGGCGUAGCACCACCUAGUUCUGCAACGUAUGCUUAUUUUGUUUCAUUGCAAAUUGGUAUUGCUAGUGGUGUUGUUGUAUGUUUAUUGUAUAAUGGAUUAUUAUGUUUUCAAUUUUGGGAAGAUGGGACUAGGAAAUCAUUGUUUAUUAUGAGACUGGUGAGUUUUGUUUGGUUUGCCAUCAAUUUCAUCAUCUGUUUAAUCACGUUUAAACAUUGGGAUACUGCGUUGGAUUUCCGCAAGACUACUGCAAUGUUUGUUGUGUCUUAUGUAUUGAAUGCAAUACUUUUGGCGGUGUAUGUUGUAUCACAAUUGAUUUUGGUGUUUUUCGCCUUGAAGUCAUGGUGGGCCAUGGGAGCAAUCUUGCUUGGGUGUUUUUUUUUCAUUGCUGGUCAAAUCUUGACUUAUGUAUUCUCAAUGCAAAUAUGUCAAGGAGCUAGUCACUAUAUUGAUGGGUUGUUUUUUGGUAGCUUGUGCAAUGUUUUCACCAUUAUGAUGAUUUACAAAUAUUGGGAUAUGAUUACUGAUGAUGAUUUGGAGUUUAGUGUUGCUAAUGUUGAACAAGUUGUUAAUGAGUUUGGUCCAAAUAGUAAUGGUGGUGUUGGUGUGCUUUACGAUGAUGAGAAGAGAGCAUCCAGUGUGUUUUAUUGA